AUGAUAGUGCCUCUUCAUUCGUUACUGCUGCUCCCCGCUCUCCUGGCUGCGUUCGUGCUCGCGGAGAAGCCUCCGUUGAGCUACAGAUACGCAGACACUCUACGCGACGCGCUGAGCAGAGAUCCACGCCCCAUUGUCCACCACGAAGACAAUGUAUGGGAUGUCAACCGUGACGAUGAAACAGGGUUUUUGCUAGGUAUGGGCAAUGAAAAUGUAGCCAAGGAUCUGGGCAGUGUCACGCUGACUGCGACACCGCCGCUACUGAGGGACGGAGAGGAUCUGGUUAUCUCUUGGAACGGAGUGAAGCGUCCGCAUCAGACGGACUUUGUGGGUCUCAGCUGUGGCCCCAAGGCCCACGACAAGGACUUCCUGGUCAAAAUUGGCAUCACGGAGGCCAAUGGACCAGGAGCCGAUGGCCCCGAGCUGCCCAACUCUAUCCGCUUUUCGUCGCUGUACAUGAUGCGCUGCAACUACACUGUCGAGUAUUUCAACUUCCAGCCUAAAGGCAACGUCUUCACACCCCUUGCCAAGCUGGAGGUGGGUAUGGUUGAAGCUUUCACUGCUCCAAAGCAUGGACAUAUUGCCUUGACUGAGAACGUCGAUGAGAUGUCAGUGAUGUUCAACUCGGCCUCCCGCGAGACGCCAGUGGUCAAGUAUGGCCUCGAUCCUGCGGCUUUGAACAAACGUGCUGAGGGUAAGUCCAAGACGUACACAGCUGCGCACUUGUGCAAUCGUCCAGCGAACCUCUCUAGCCAGCAAUGGUUCCGUGAUCCGGGUAACAUGCACACAGUCAUCUUGAAAGGCAUGAAAUUGGGAACGCGAUACUUUUACAAGUUUGGUAGUGACAAGGACGGCUGGAGUUCAGUCUAUUCGUUUGUGAGCCGCCCGGAUGAGUCUGUCAAGAGCGCAAAGUUCAUUGCAUACGCUGAUAUGGGCGUCGAUCCUGCACCUGCUGCGACGUCUACUGCUGUGCGUUCAUAUCAAGACGUGAUGGAUGGCUACGACAGCUUCCUUUUGCACUUUGGAGACAUCAGCUACGCCCGAGGCCACGCACACAUGUGGGACGAGUUCUUUCACGUGAUUGAGCCCUACGCUACCAGAGUUCCAUACAUGGUUAGCAUAGGCAACCACGAGUAUGACUACGUGACUGGUGGUGCUAAUGAUCCUAGCGGAGCUGUAGGCGAGGAUGGCAGAAUGGACUUCCAUCCGGACUGGGCCAACUAUGGAGAAGACUCGUCAGGUGAAUGCUCGGUGCCGAUGUUCUACCGCUGGGAUGCUCCUGCUAACGGCAACGAUAUCUACUGGUACUCGUUCGACUACGGUGGCAUCCACGUCAUCCAGAUUUCAUCAGAGCAUGAUUGGCGUCGUGGAUCGAAGCAGUACAAGUGGUUGGAAAACGACUUGAAGAAUGUGGAUCGGAAGAAGACACCGUGGGUCGUUCUAACGUCGCACCGGAUGAUGUAUACAACACAGCUUGGCGAGGAAGCCGACUACAGAGUGGCUCAGCACUUUCGCGACGAAGUGGAGGACUUACUUUGGACGCAUAAAGUGAACUUGAUGCUUGUGGGUCACCAGCACUCGUACGAGCGCAGCUGUGCUGUGCGUAAUGGGAAGUGCACUGAAGACGGUAAGGGACUCGUCCACAUUGUGAUUGGAUCUGCAGGCGCUGGUUUGGAAAAGCAAGGCUUCUCUAACAAACUCGGCGAGUGGAGUGUGAGCCACCUGAACGACUGGGGUUACUUGCGCAUUGACUCGACCGAAGAAUCCAUGAGCGUGCAGUUCAUCCUGAACCGCAACGGCAUAGUGUACGAUGAAGUCACUUUGACUCCGUGGAACUAG